GCAUAAACAAUGUCAGGAAUCCGCUGAAAAGUAAAAAAUAAAUAUAAACAAAAGAAGAAACGAAACUUCCGACGCGGUGGGCUGCGACUUAGACUGAUUGAGAGUCAUGUAUCCGCAGCUCCUCCGUCUUCCUCCCAAACCUUUUACCUUUUCUUUCUUUCUUCUCCAAAACUAGCAAUCUGAGAUUUCAACCUCUCUCUCUAAGAAGCAGCGGCAUGCUUUUCCAAACGCAAUCUGCAAUUUAAUCAAACAGCCACCGAAUUUUCUGGAAUCCGGUCAACGCAGCGAUGCUCCGGAUUUUGAUCGGUCAACGCCAGCUGCUUACCUGAGCUCCAAAAGACCCAACAGUGAUGACGUCUUCCACCUCUGUUUCUGUUUGGCUGAUUCUGCUGUUUGGCUUCUUUCACCUCCACAAGCUUGCAGCCAAUGUCGAGGGUAUGUCUCUGUGUGUUAUUGAAUUUGGGAGUGUUUGGUUGUGGGAACUGGAAUGAACUAAUGAAUGAAUGAAUGACUGGAAACAUUCCCGAAGAGCUUGGGGGUUUGUCAGACUUGGUGAGCUUGGAUCUUUACUUGGCAACCUUGCAAAACUGCGUUUCCUGUAUGAACCCCCAUCCUUUUGUUAGAUAAAAUCUAUCGUCAUUCUUUUUUAUUCGAUAUGCUAAUCUGCUGUUUUUAAUUGUUCCAUUGGAGUGACUUUCUUCCUUAAAGUCCUUGUGCCGGAUGCAUAUAAUUUAUAGUAUGAUCCCUGGUUUCAAGAUUCAGUCAUUGCAAGUCCUGGAUCUUUCAAAUAACAAUCUGACAGGGGAUAUUCCAGUUAAUGGAUCGUUUUCACUUUUUACUCCCAUCAGUAAGAGGGAGGAGAGGGUAAUAUAGCUUGAUCAAGUUGGUGUUGUAGUUGUUGUAUGGGAUGCAGCUCAAAAACUUUUCUUUGCGCGAGCUACAAGUUGCAACAGAUACCUUUAGCGACAAAAAUAUUAUUGGUAGAGGUGGAUUUGGUAAGGUUUAUAGAGGACGCUUAGCUGAUGGAACUCUGGUUGCUGUAAAAAGACUUACAGAGGAGAGAACCCAAGACGGGGAACUACAGUUUCAAACAGAAGUUGAAAUGAUUAGAAUGGCUGUCCACCACCGCAAUCUGCUUUGUCUCCAUGGUUUUUGCAUGACACCAACAGAAAGGCUGCUUGUAUAUCCUUAUAUGGCUAAUGGAAGUGUGGCAUCUUGUUUAAGAGGUCGUCCGGAAGGACAACCUGCACUUGAUUGGCCAAUAAGACAACGCAUUGCAUUGGGAUCUGCAAGAGGCCUUGCUUAUUUACAUGAUCACUGUGAUCCAAAAAUUAUUCACCGUGAUGUGAAAGCAGCAAACAUAUUGUUGGAUGAGGAAUUCGAAGCAGUUGUUGGAGACUUUGGGUUGGCUAAACUCAUGGACUACAAGGAUACAUAUGUUACCACACAUGUAUGUGGCACAUUUGGUCAUAUGGCACCGGAGCACUUUUCAACUGGAGUGUCUUCCGAGAAAACUGAUGUUUUUGGAUACGGAGUCAUGCUUCUUGAACUCAUCACUGGGCAGAGGGCUUUCAAUCCUCAUCUUGCGAGUGAUGAUGAUGUCAUGUUAGUUGAUUGGGUCAAACGACUACUGAAAGAACGGAGGUUGGAAAGACUUGUUGAUGCUGAUCUAAAUGGAAAUUAUAUUGACGAUCAAGUGGAGCAGCUGAUCCAAGUAGCUCUACUGUGCACACAAGGCUCCCCAGGGGAACGGCCCAAGAUGUCAGAGGUUGUCCGAAUGCUUGAAGGCGAAGGCGAAGGUUUGGCUGAAAGAUGGGAGGAGCGGCAAAACGAGGAGGUGAUCUGCCAAGAUUUCAACACUAUUCAUCAUCCAAGUAACACUGCUACUGGGGCUAUUGCUGGAGGGGUUGCUGUUGGUGCUGCUUUAACGUUUGCUGCAACUGCAAAUACACUUGCUUAUUGGCGACGGAGAAAACCACAGGAUCAUUUCUUUGAUGUACCUGCUGAGGAGGAUCCAGAAGUUCUUUUAGGACAGCUCAAAAGGUUUUCUUUGCGCAAACUACAAGUUGCAACGGAUAACUUUAGUAACAAAAAUAUUCUUGGUAGAGGUGGAUUUGGUAAGGUUUAUAAAGGACGCUUAGCUGAUGGAACUCUGGUUGCUGUAAAAAGACUUAAAGAGGCGAGAACCCAAGGUGGGGAGCUGCAGUUUCAAACAGAGGUUGAAAUGAUUAGCAUGGCUGUCCACCGCAAUCUGCUUCGUCUGCAUGGUUUUUGCAUGACACCAACAGAAAGGCUGCUUGUAUAUCCUUAUAUGGCUAAUGGAAGUGUGGCAUCAUGUAUAAGAGAUCGUCCCGAAGGACAACCUGCACUUGAUUGGCCAAUAAGACAACGCAUUGCAUUGGAAUCUGCCAGAGGCCUUGCUUAUUUACAUGAUCACUGUGAUCCAAAAAUUAUUCACCGUGAUGUGAAAGCAGCAAACAUAUUGUUGGAUGAGGAAUUCAAAGCAGUUGUUGGAGACUUUGGGUUGGCUAAACUCAUGGACUACAGGGAUACACAUGUUACCACAGCUGUACGUGGCACAAUUGGUCAUAUAGCACCAGAGUACCUUUCAACUGGAAAAUGUUCCGAGAAAACUGAUGUUUUUGCAUACGGAGUCAUGCUUCUUGAACUCAUCACUGGGCAGAGGGCUUUUGAACUUGCUCGGCUUGCGACCAAUGAUGAUGUCAUGUUACUUGAUUGGGUCAAAGGACUACUGAAGGAUCAGAGGUUGGAAACAAUUGUUGAUGCUGAUCUACAUGGAAAUUAUGUUGACGAUCAAGUGGAGCAGCUCAUCCAAGUAGCUCUGCUGUGCACACAAGGCACCCCAGGGGAACGACCCAAGAUGUCAGAGGUUGGCCGGAUGCUGAAAGGUGAUGGUUUGGCUGAAAGAUGGGAGGAGUGGCAAAAAAAGGAGGUGUUCCGCCAAUAUUUCAACCCUAUUCAUCAUCCAAGUACUAAUCGGAUCAUAGACUCAACUUCUCAUGGUCCUCUAGAUGAGUUGUCCGGUCCUAGAUGAUAUGCUCGUUGGUUCCGUCCCCUUGUAUACAUGUAAGAAGCCUCAGAGGACUAGAGAAGGUCCAUUUUGUAUUUCAGUGAUACCACAUUUGUGCGAAUGUUUUGUCUUUGUUUUCGAUUUUGUUUUUGUGUCGCUUAUUUUUAAGAUCACAAAAAUGGAGCUGGUGCUGUUGUAAUUUUUAUAGGGUUAACUGGCAUUACGAAGUUAUAUUGUGCUAGCAGGAAUCAGGAAGGUCCAUAAAAGCACCCAUUCCUAAUGAUUUAUGUAUCUUUCCAACAAUUAGUCCAGAUUGUCGAGUAAAUAAUCUUUCUGAA